GCACAUCCCCUUUGCAAAGGCUCCCCUGCCCGGUUUUGUGUCUCCCUGCUGCUUUGCCUCACGUAUUUUUAAGUGGCAAUUAAAUAGCCCCAAGCUGAUGUAGGGAGGGGGGAGCGCUCCUGUCCAACUUGCAGGCCCGGUGCUCUGCAGCAGAUCAAACAGGCUCAGAAGAGUCCUCCUCAUCUUCACACGGGGAAUUUUACACUGGAAACUCGGCUCCAUUUGUUGAGUUUUUCUCUGUAACCGAGCCCUGAAUAAUUCAAAUAACAUAACAUCAGCAUUAGGCUUCCAAAGCUGCUGGUGUGUGUGAGUUGCUGCUGCCAAAGGCAAUUACACACAAUUGCUCCAGGAAGUUCACUGUUACGUCUGCUUAUUUAUUUAGAUUUAAACCUCGUGUUUGGUUUGUUUUGGGCUUGGUGUUUUCUUGGGGCUUUUUUUGAGUCGUGCCACAGGAACAAUACACCAGGACUAUUUAGGAUCGACGUGUGAUGCAGGUGAACGAGUAGGAAGUGCCCAAAGCCGCACAGGUCACGCCCAAAGCGCUGCUUGUGAGCUCUUCGCAGUGAAGGUGAAAACACAUCGUGUGCCACAGGGACCUGUCUGUCGGUGGCAGAACCAGCGGUCUCUGAUCUGCUGAAACAACAGGGAUUUUGCUGCCAUGAUCCUGUCCCGGCUGCAGCCUUUAUGCCAAGGUGCCCGAGAGGAAAUCCUCCUGGAGCAAGGUGGCCGUGCUUCCCUCAGCUGUGCAGAGGCAGAAAGUCCUGUGCGAACACCACUGGAGAGUUUAGGAAGUCCUGCGGGUUCUCAUCCUCCUCGAGGAUCCGGAUUUGGAAUCAGCAUGGAUGUGUAACUCAAGAGGAGGUGGGUAUUUUGGAAAUAUUUGCUGUGUCUCAGGGGAUUGUAGGAAUACGAGGAGUUUUCAGCAACAAAUUUUUAGCGAUGUCAAAAAAAGGAAAACUCCAUGCAAGUGCUCGCUUCACUGUGGACUGCCAUUUCCGGGAGCGCUUCCAGGAGAACAGCUACAACACCUACGCCUCGGCCGUGCACCGCAGCCCCCGCUCGGGCCGCCAGUGGUACGUGGCCCUCAACAAGCGGGGCAAAGCCAAGCGGGGCUGCAGCCCCCGCGCCCGGCCCCAGCACGUCUCCACCCAUUUCCUGCCCCGCUUCUGGCAGCCGCAGCCCCCCGAGCUCGCCUUCACCGUCGCUCUCCCCGAGAAGAAGCCCCCGCCGCCCAAGCCCAAGCCCGCCCCGUCCCCGCCUCGGAAGAACCCGGGCCCCGUCAAGUACCGGCUGAAAUUCCGCUUUGGGUAGCGCCGGGGCACCGGGGAUGCCGCAGGCACCGGGGAUGCCGCAGGGACCGGGAGCUUUCGGGGGUGACCCCGCGGGAACCCCGUGUCCCCUCUGCACAUGGAC